ACUCAGGUUCUCCUAUUUCUCUUUUAUUCCUCCAUGUUGUUGCCCUUUUGAUGAUAAAAAUGGGCUGUGGAGGCUUUUGUAAAUGUAUUUGAAUGUGAUUUAGGGCCUUUAUUUAUCCUGUAAAUCUCCUUAACUAAACGAAUAACAAUGUUACUGUCCCGAUCAGUUGCCACUUGUGAGAGUGUGUGGCUGCUCCUCUUAUUUAUACAUCCCUGGCCGUUUAAAUUUAGAUGGUUGCCAGCGGAAUAUAAACCGUCUAUUUUUAUACAAACCAGGCCAGAGACAUUGUUCGGGUCAAGUCCAAAAUCACCGACUGUGUCGCUAAUAUGUGGCAAUUGCUGUUUGAAUAGGCUCUCAAAGGAGAGCAAAUCGAAUCGGGGGGGAAUGUUGAAUAGGGUUAAUGCCUGGGAGUCACAGCGGGGUCGAGUUACACACGCAGACAGACGCGCACACACACAUUCAAAUCAGGUUGGGGACCUUUUAAUACCAUCUCCGCCCCCGUCUGAAGCGUCAGACUUGCGUCUCUCCAGGGUCUCACCAGUUUCUCCAAACUUUUACGCACGGAUGUCCCUUCCCUUCUCCGGACUUGUUUCACUCUGGAUCUCUGUUUCAUCCGAACGGAAUGAGUCCGGAACUUUAGGCGGCUUCCAAUUCCAACUCUUUUUGUCCCCCAGCGUGCAGAUGCAGUGAAUAUCCAGGUGAAAAUGAGCGCUUUCUUCAUUAAGUGGACCGUACUGACGCUGUGGAUCGGCGCGCACACGCUGCUGGCUGCUCCCCCGGUUCUGGAGGAGGAUGAGGCGGCUGACAGCGCCUCCACACUCGCCUUUGUGUUCGAUGUCACCGGUUCCAUGUACGACGACCUGAAGCAGGUGAUCGAUGGAGCCUCCCGGAUUUUGGAGAAGACCUUGAGUAGGAGAACCAGACCUAUUAAGAACUUUGUUCUGGUGCCAUUUCACGACCCAGACAUCGGGCCCGUCUCCAUCACGACUGACCCGCUAAAGUUUCAGCAGGAUCUCCAAGAUCUCUUUGUCCAGGGUGGCGGCGACUGCCCGGAGAUGAGCAUAGGAGCCAUAAAGAAAGCCUUGGAAGUUUCCCUGCCUGGAUCAUUCAUCUACGUCUUCACUGAUGCCAGAGCCAAAGACUACCGCCUGAAGAGAGACGUUCUCCAGCUGGUGCAGCUCCGACAGUCGCAGGUGGUCUUUGUGUUGACGGGGGACUGCGGGGACCGCUCUCAGCCCGGCUACCGAGUGUACGAGGAGAUCGCCGCGACGUCCUCCGGACAAAUCUUUCACCUGGAUAAGCAGCAGGUUAAUGAGGUUCUGAAGUGGGUUGAGGAAACAGUCCAGGCCCUAAAAGUCCACCUGCUCUCCUCCAAUCACGACAGUGCCCAAGAGAACAAGUGGGAAGUGCCCUUUGACCCCAGCCUGCGAGAGGUCACGGUGUCGCUAAGUGGAACAGCGCCAGAAAUUGAGCUGAGCGAUCCCCUUGGUCGCGUCGUCGGCGCAGAGCAGGGCCUGAAAGAGCUGUUAAGCAUUCCGAACUCGGCCCGGGUUGUCAACAUGAAAUUUCCCAGACCUGGAACCUGGACUCUGAAGGUGAGCUGCAGCGGCCGCCACACUCUGAGAGUCACCGGGGUCAGCAACCUGGAUUUCCGUGCCGGCUUUUCCAGUAUUCCAGUUUCAGAGUUCAACCAAACCAGAGAGAGGCCGAUUAAAGGUCAGCCGUCUCAUGUCUUGCUAAAAUGCUCCGGGCUGAAGCCUCCUGGCCAGUUAAGCCACGUGGAGCUGGUGUCCGGUUCUGGGCGCUCUCUCCGGACGAUCCCGGUCCCCAUGCCCGCUGACUUUGGACGGCAUGGCCUGUGGAAUCUCCCUGAAUUCCGCACUCCAUCCCAGAGCUUCUUUAUCAAGGUCACUGGCAAAGAUGAGGACGGCUACCGAUUCCAGCGUCUGUCCAGUGUCUCGUACACCAACAUCGUUCCAAAUCCCCCAGCUGUGAGCAUGCCUGAUGAAGUGAAGGGCUUCUACAUGCAACCCGCUGUGAUAAGCUGCGCCGUGCAGAGCGACGUUCCCUAUCGCGUCCGACUUGCUAGAAGUGGGAUCACGUUGGGAGAUGAGAAGUUCUUUCAGAACUCUGCCAAGGCAUCAUGGGGGAUUGCCCACGCUUCGUCUGAGGAUGAAGGCCUUUAUGAGUGCAUCGCGCAGAGCAACGCCGGCCAGGGUCGAGCCAUCACCCAGUUGACUGUUAGAGAGCCUCCGCCCGUCCUGAAGCCGGCGGUGAACGUGACUUCCGCUGUGGGAGGUGUGGCCGUGCUGGCCUGCCAGGUGGAAGGAUCCAUGCGGCACAACAUAACAUGGCAUCGAGCCGGUCGACCCGUUCGCGUCGGCAGCGGCAGGAUGAGGCUUCUGCCCGACUCAUCUCUGCAGAUUAGCGGUGUCAACCCUCAGGAUGCGGGAGCGUACCACUGCACGGCCACCAACGCUCACGGCCACACCAGAAUCACCGUAUGGCUUUUGGUUCCAGAGGCUCCUUCUGUGGCGCUGCGCCCCCAGAGCCAGGCCUUCUCCCGAGGGGACGAGGUUCGCCUCGUCUGCUCGGCGUCUGGAUCUCCCCCUCCUCAGCUCUUCUGGAGCCAUGGAAAUGCGUUCCUCACUAAUCGGCCGAGAUUUAGCAUCACUCAACAUGGUGUUCUCACCAUCCAAGGAGCUCAACCAGAAGACGCUGGGAACUACACCUGUCUGGCAACCAACACUGCUGGGACUGGCUCUCAGUCAGCAGUGCUCACUUAUGCAGAGGGGCCUCAAGUGACUGUGGUGCAGCCGGUUGUCCUUGUGUCUCUUGGGGAUGAUGCUCUUCUGGAGUGCAAGGCCAGUGGCAUUCCAACCCCCUUGGUCCACUGGUUCAAAGACGAGCUGGAGGUGGGCUCCGCCCCGUUUGUGGAGCAGGACGUUCAGCAAGGAACCCUGCGAGUCAGAGGAGUACAGGAAGUGGACUCUGGCUUGUACAGCUGUGUGGCCACCAGCUCUGCCGGAACCACGACUGGAACUGUCCGCCUUCAGGUCGGAGCCGCUCCGGUGUUUUCAGAAGCUCCAUCAGACGUGACGGCCAGCGUGGGGGAAAACGUCACUCUGCCUUGCGCCGCUCGUGGGUUUCCACAGCCGACGCUGACCUGGCACCGACAGUUGACUGGAGCAGACAGCCACAGUAGCAAGAGGCAGCUGGAGAAUGGAUUUCUUUUCAUCCAGAAUGUCUGGCUGGAUGAUGAAGGCGUCUAUGUUUGUGAGGCGAAGAACCUGUUUGGAACGGUCAGAAGUGAAGCACGAGUCAGUGUCACAGGGCUGGAGCCCCCUCUCCUGGCGCAUGGCGCCCCACUCAUCACUGCCGGCGUUGGUCAGUCCCUGAGCAUCCCUUGCCUGUUGCUGGAUGGAAUUCCCCUCCCAGAGAGACACUGGUCGCACAAUGGCAAACCAAUUCAGUUUAGCGGCCGCAUGUUUGAGAGGAGUGACGGCAGCUUGUACAUUGAGAGAGCUCUUCCGGAGGACGCGGGGUCGUACGUGUGCACAGCCGUGAAUGUCGCCGGCUCGAUGAACAUCACAGUCAGCCUGGAAGUCAGUGUACCCCCCGAGAUCAGUUCUGGCCCUUACAGAUACAUCGCCAACGAAGGCGUGCCCAUCACGCUGACCUGCGAGGCCAGGGGGGUUCCCAAGCCAAACAUUGUCUGGACCAAGGGAAGGCGGCCUCUACCAAAAGGCGAUGCCUCUCUUCUGUCAGACAGUGAUGGGCACCUUCACAUCCCAUCCCCCUCGUCUGUAGACGCGGGCAUCUACAUCUGCACCGCCAACAGCUCUGUGGGCUACGCCAGUCGAGAGAUCCAGCUCAGUGUUAACACGAUGCCCAGAAUUAUGGGGGUCAGCGGCCAUGACAACACAGUGAAAAUGGAAGCGGAGAUCGGCACAGAGGUCGUUCUCCCUUGUGAGGUAGAAGGAAGUCCCUCACCUCUGGUCACAUGGAGCAGGAACGGAUAUCCCAUCCCCCCUGUGACGUCCGGGUUCACUAUUUUGCCAUCCGGCUCUCUGAAGAUCACUGACGUCCGACUGAUUGAUAGCAAACUGUACACCUGCACCGCCGAGAACCCAGCUGGGAACGUGUCCCUUAACUACAAUUUACACAUUCAAGCUAAGCCGAGGAUCCAACCCGCACCUCCGCUGCUCAAAGCUCUGCUGGGCCAAACGGUGACCCUGCCAUGUGUGGUCCAAGGAGAGCCGAGCCCAGAGGUCAGCUGGUUUCACAAUGGACUUCCUGUUGGGGUCAAGAACACUUCACCCCUCAGAAUCCCAGAGGUCAGCCAUGCAGACCAGGGCAUCUACCGGUGUGUGGCCACAAACAGCGCUGGCCAAGAGACGCUUGAGAUCACGCUGGAAAUCCUUGAGGCCCCGUCCUUCGCUGAACCCGGAGAGACCAUCAUGGAGAGAACUGCCAACACCAAAGUGGUCAUCCCGUGCCCUGCUAAAGGUUCGCCGCAUCCCAAAGUGCGCUGGUUUAAGAACGGCCUGGAGAUAUAUCCGGAACAAUCUGGGUUUUCUGUGAGCAGAGAUGGCGCCCUGGUCAUUAGUCCGGCGUCUGCAGGCCACAGCGGGGACUUCAAGUGUGUGGCCACCAAUCAGGCUGGUUCUGUGGACAGGAAGACCAGACUGAAAGUCAAUGUUCCCCCAGAGAUCCAAGAUGACGGGCAGCCCAUGAACCUCACAGUCUCCCUGAAGCAGCCUCUCACUCUGGGCUGCGACGCCUUCGGCAUCCCCUCUCCUUCAAUUACCUGGACUAAAGAUGGUCAUCAUGUGGACACGCCUGGUGUGUAUCUGCAAAAUGGGAACCGACUGCUGAGAAUCUACCGGGUCCAGCCAGAACACGCGGGACAGUUUACCUGCCUCGCUCAAAAUACUGCAGGAGAGGCCCGGAGAGAUUAUAACAUCGUCGUUCAAGCACCACCAGUCAUUUCGGGAGCUUCCAGAACGCAGGAGAUGAGCGUGGUCCUGGGCCAGGAGGUUGAGUUCCAGUGCAGGGUCAGCGGGAGUCCAGCGCCCAGAGUGGAGUGGAGCCGUGACGGAGAGGUUCUCUCCAGAGACGGGGAUCCACAUGUGGAGUUUUUGGAAGAGGGUCAAGUGCUGAGAGUGAAGUCAGUCAGGCUGAGGGAUCAGGGCGUCUACCAGUGCCUGGCCAGCAACAACGCCGGGACUCAGAUGCGGCAGUUCAAACUCACAGUUCAAGCCCCUCCGAUCAUCAAAGGUCCCAGUGAGACCACUGAGGUGACCGUGGUUCUGGGCUUCCCCACUGUUCUCCCCUGUGAUGUGGAAGGUUCCCCCACCCCCACCAUCACUUGGCUCAAGGACAACCAGCCCAUAGUGUCCAGCCCACAGCUGACCUACACUCGUGGGGGUCAGGCUCUGAGGCUGGGUUCGGCUCAGGGAGACAGCACCGGCCUGUACACCUGCAGGGCCUCUAACCCAGCCGGCACCGCCAUCAAACAAUAUUCUCUGGGUGUUCUUGUCCCACCUCAGAUAGAGGGUGAUGCUACUUCCUUGAUGUUUGGAACCCAGGAAGAGAAAGUCCGGAUCAAUGGGAGUUUAACUCUGUCAUGCCUGGCUAAAGGUUUUCCUGAACCUAAAGUUUCAUGGUUCAAAGACGGACAGCUGAUGACAGGUAACAUCCACGCCGGCAUUAAGGAAAGUGGCCACUUCCUCCACAUUGACAAUGCCAUGAUGUCCCACGAGGGCCAGUACACUUGUGUGGUCACCAACUCAGCUGGAGAGGACAAAAGAGACUUCCGUGUCACCCUCCAAGUCCCUCCAGUCUUCCAGCGCGUGACUAACCGGGAGGCGGCGUGGGGUCUGGGACACGAGGAUGAUGAGGACAGUGAUGAGAUGGUGGAAAAGCGAGAGGUGAUCCUGGGUCAUCCGCUGAGUCUGUCUUGUGAGAGCAACGCCAUCCCCCCGCCCAAGCUGAACUGGUACAAGGAUGGCAGGAAGCUGACCUCUGCCGAUGGAGUCGUCUUGCUUCCAGGUGGGCAGGUGCUGCAGAUUCCACGAGUGAGGAAGGAGGAUGCUGGGAAAUACACAUGCGAAGCUGUGAAUGAAGCUGGAGAAGACCACAUGCACUUUGAGCUGGAAGUUUUGGUGUCUCCCAUGAUCAUGGGAGCCUCUGAGUUCAUGGAGGAAAUCGGAGCUGUGGUAAACAGCACCGUCGUCCUGCACUGUGAUGUGACUGGAAACCCACCACCGACCGUGUCCUGGCUGCGAGACCGACAGCCGCUUCAGAGAGACUCGGAGCAUCUGAUCAGUGAGGACGGGACACAGCUUCAGUUCCUCAGCGUUCAAGUGUCUGACAUGGCCGGGUACCGAUGUGUGGCAGAAAACAAGGUCGGGACUGUUGAAAAACUCUUCAGUCUGACGGUUCAAGUGCCUCCGAAAAUAUUAGGUCAGAGGGAGGAGGAGCAGGUCAGCGUUAUCGAGGGUCAUAUGGUGUCCAUGCUGUGCGAUGUCCAGUCAUACCCUCCACCAGAGAUUACCUGGACCAAGGAUGGCCAGCUCCUGCAGUUUAACACCGGCGUCCACAUUCUUCCAGGUGGUCAGAUGCUGCAGCUGCCUCGAGCAAGGCUGGAUGACGCUGGGCAGUAUGUAUGCACAGCUACUAACUCAGCAGGCCAGGACCAGAAGAGCAUCCUCCUCAGUGUUUACGUCAUGCCCACCCUCAAGCCUCGUCUGGAUGCUGAGUCAGACCUGGUCACCCCUCAGGUGGGCUCAUCGGUCACGCUGCGAUGCCAGGCCAACGGUGUGCCCGAGCCCGAGGUCACGUGGUACAAAAACGGGCUGCAGCUGACGGAAGGCGACGGACUGAAGAUAGAUCGCCACCAGCUGGAGAUUGUUGGAGUUCAGAUGUCAGAUGGCGGCUCCUAUACUUGCAAAGUGUCCAACGAGGUGGGUCAAGUGGACCGGACCUUCAGACUGACUGUAUACGUUCCCCCAGUGCUGGACGGACCACUGCAAGAGUCAUUGAAUGCUACGCUCGGUUCCCACGUUGCCCUGCUGUGUGAGGCUUCCGGGGUGCCGAUGCCCAGCAUCACAUGGCUCAAAGAUGGAACGCCGAUCGAGAGCAGCCUGCAGUGGCAGUGGUCUGUCAGAGGGAACCGUCUGGAGCUGGGGCCGCUCACACUUUCUCACGCAGGACGCUACACCUGCGUAGCAAAGAGCAGCGAAGGACAAACCCAGAAGGACUACAAGCUCACAGUGCAGGUUUCACCCACAAUCCUGGAUUCUGUCCGGCCGUCGGAGCUGAGUGCAGCCACAGGAGAGGAUGUGACCCUGGAGUGCAGAGCAAAUGGGAUCCCAACGCCCACGCUGAGCUGGUUGAAAGACGGACUCACAAUAGAGCGAUCGGACGCUCGCCACAUCACGGUGUCGCCCGACGGCAGCGCUCUGACUUUACUGAGGUUGAGUCCCGCCGAUUCUGGGACGUACACCUGUUUGGCCGUCAGCCCUGCGGGACAAGAGAGCAAGCUCUACAACCUCCUGGUUCUCAUCCCGCCCUCCAUCUCCGGUGAGACCAGCCUGCCAAGAGAGGUCCAAGCCACCCAGGACACGACGGUGACUCUGGAGUGUCAAGCCAAGGGAAACCCUCCGCCUCAGAUCAGCUGGCUGAAGAACGGUCACCCUCUUCUCCUGUCUCCUCGCACUCGUCUCCUCACUGGAGACUCUCUCCUCCGGAUUUCUCCAGUUCAACUUUCCGACUCUGGAGUGUACACAUGUAUCGCACGCAGUCCAGCUGGUCUAGCUGAGCUCAGUUAUGAUGUCCAGGUCCAAGUGCCCCCUGGUGUUGACCAUGUGGAGCCAGUGGAGCCAGUGACGGUGGUCCAAGGGUCACUGGUGACGCUGACGUGUGAAGCCCGUGGUGUCCCCCCACCGACGCUGACCUGGAUGAAGGAUGGCCAGCCGCUGUCACUUCACAGGAACCUGCUGCUGGACGGGCAGGAGACCCGGCUGCAGCUGCCUGAUGUGGCGCCGUCAGACGCCGGACUCUACAGCUGCGUGGCCAGUAACCAGGCCGGCAGCAGCACCAAGACCUUUAACCUCACCAUCCUCGAACCGCCGAGGAUCACCAGCACAAGCUCUCCUGAGGAGCUGACGCUCGCCGUCAACAGUCCUCUGGAGCUGGAGUGCUCUGCUGAAGGAGUCCCGCCUCCCACCAUCAGCUGGCUGAAGGAUGGGCACCCGCUGGCUCAGACUGACAUUGUCCAGGAGGAUGGGCACUUUGUGAGAAUCAGCAAAAUUCAGGUGGAGGAUGCAGGACUCUACACAUGUCUGGCCGGGAGCCUCGCGGGAGAAGAUGGAAGAAAUCACUGGGUCAGAGUUCAAGUCCCACCUACUCUGCUGGGUUCCGGUGACGUGAGGACACUUACCGUGCCAGUCAAUGGUCAUCUGACUCUGGAGUGCCUGGCGGACAGUGACCCUCCCCCUGAUAUACAGUGGUAUAAGGAUGAGGUGAAGAUGCAGCUGGGUGGUCGUGUCCAGCGGUUAGCCGGAGGUCAGUACCUGGAGAUUCAGGAGGUGAGACCGGAGGACAGCGGGCGCUACAGCUGUGUGGUCACCAACCUGGCUGGGAGCAGCAGCCUCUUUUUCACUGUGGAGAUUCUCAUGCCCCCAGUGAUCAAGGAGGGCAGCGCGGUGGUGACCACCCAGGUCGGCCAGGAUGCAGUUUUACCCUGUCAGGUGGAAGGCGACGCGACGGCCACGGUCAUGUGGAGAAAAGAUGGCUUCCCAAUACCACAUGAUAAUCUCAAGUAUAGCAUUUUGGAAGAAGGAUCUUUACGUGUACACAAUGCCCAACUGAGUGAUGCUGGCCGUUACUACUGCACCGCAUCAAACCAGGCGGGCUCCGACCACAGAGGGAUGGACCUGCGGGUCUUUGUGGGUCCAUCGAUCGGUCCUGGUCCGUUCAAUGUGACAGUAACCACAGGGAUCAGAGCGGUUCUGGGCUGUGAGACUGCAGGGAUACCUCCACCUAAAGUGUCCUGGAAAAGAAACGGCUCUCCCUUGGACUUGAAUCUGCAAGCUGGAGCCUACAGGUUACUAUCCUCCGGCUCACUCAUCCUCUUGUCACCGUCCACUGAAGAUGAAGGUUACUUCGAGUGCACGGCUGUAAACCAGGUCGGAGAGGAGCGUAGGGUCAUCGAGGUCAUUCUCCAAGUCCCACCAUCUAUAGAAGAUGACGUGACAGCAGUGACGGCAGUGAAGAUGUCUCCUGUGGUGUUGCCCUGUCAUGUACAAGGACGCCCGCAACCCACCGUCACCUGGACCAAAGGGGGAGUUAAGCUAGGGUCCAGAGGGGGGAGCUAUCGCGUCCUGCCGACCGGAGUUUUGGAGAUCACAUCGGUUUUACCGAGUCACGCUGGCCGCUACACCUGCUCAGCACGAAACCCAGCUGGUGUGGCCCAUAAACACAUCUCCCUCAGUGUGCAAGAACCUCCCGCAAUCAAACCAAUGGCAGAGGAAGUGCAAGUGGUGUUGAAUCACGGGACCAUCCUGCCGUGCGAUGCUCAUGGCCUCCCUCGACCCUCCGUCUCCUGGCAAAGAGAAGGAGUUCCCAUCGCAUCAGGUCACAGACUGGCAGUACUGUCCAAUGGCGCCCUCAAGUUUUCCCGCGUAACGCUUGGCGACGCAGGGCUGUAUCAGUGCCUGGCUAAAAAUGAGGCUGGCGUGGCCAUCGGGAGGACCAAACUUGUGCUGCAAGUGCCGCCGGUGCUGAGCGUACCCCGCCUGGAGUACACGGCCGUUCUGGGCCAAGCUGUCAGCCUGGAGUGUGUCGCUGACGGUCAGCCUCAACCAGAAGUGACAUGGCACAAGGAGAGGAGACCGGUGAUCGACGGCACUCAUCUCCAUGUUUACUCCAACGGAACUUUGGUCAUCCCGGCGACUCAGCGCAGCGACGCGGGCCUCUACACGUGCACGGCCAAGAAUGUCGCGGGCAGAGCCAGUCAUGACAUGAGACUGCUCAUUCAAGUUCCACCGAUCAUCCCUCCGGUGCAGACAGACAUUUCGGUCAUCCAAGGAUUCCAGGCGCUCCUGCCAUGUUCCGCUCAGGGGUCCCCUGAACCCAGGGUGUCCUGGAAGAAAGAUGGAGUGAUCGUGCCCAACGUACCGGGCAAAUUCACCGUGCUCAGAUCAGGAGAGCUGAUCAUCGAGAGGGCGGAGCCGGGAGACUCUGGGGUAUUCACGUGUGUGGCCACCAACGCAGCGGGGUCCGCCAAACAAGACAUACGACUCUCCAUCAACAUGAGGCCCAUCUUCAAGGAGAUGCCCACUGAUGUGACACUGAACAGGGGGCAGAGUCUGGGCCUGUCCUGCCAUGCUCAAGGAACACCGCCCCCUGCCAUCUCCUGGACCGUCAACAACAGACCAUACUCCGGGGCAACUGUGGACGAAGCAGGCAGAAGCAGCGUCAUCAUCAACAACAUUAGCGUCAGUGAUGCGGGGACAUACGUGUGUGUUGCGGAAAACAGCGUGGGAUCAAUCCGGGCGCUUUCCUUUGUCCGAAUCAGAGAGCCUCCAGUUCUCAAGGGUGAAGCCCACAUGACCCAGACGGUCGUCCAUGGUAGUUCUGCCGUGCUUGACUGUCCCGUCCACGGAGACCCGAGUCCCGUCCUACGCUGGCAUCGCAACGGAAAACCACUUCUCCGUUCUUUGCGAACUCAAAUCCUCCACAAUGGCUCUCUGGUCAUAUACAGCAUCACUGGGGCAGAUGAAGGGGAGUACCAGUGUGUGGCGGAGAGUGAAGCCGGGACGGCGGAGAGGGCCAUCACUGUUAAAGUUCAAGUCAACGGAGGGUACUCUAACUGGGAGGACUGGGGACCCUGCAGCAGCACUUGUGGGCAAGGAGUCCAGGAACGCAUUAGGCUCUGCAACAACCCAGAACCAGCCAACGGUGGACGAUCCUGCAGCGGGCCCAGUGUCGCCUCUCGGAAGUGUCACGUGGGACUGUGUCCAGGCGACACGCCGCGCAAAACCAGGGGGAGUCUGAUCGGAAUGGUGAACGACCGGGAGUUUGGCGUCUCCUUCCUGGAGGCCAACAUCACAGACCGAGUGGAGGACGGGUGCAGCACUCUGCAGGCCCGCCUGGACAACAUCCCCCCAACUGUUGGCCCUCUGUUGCGGGCGCUGGUGUCUGUGUUUGCUCCCAUCUACUGGACCACGGUGCUGCAGAAUGGAGCCACCAAAAACGGCUACUCCUUCACUCAGGGCCAGUUCAGACAGGAAUCUCAGCUGGAGUUUGAAACAGGGGAGAUUCUGCGCUUGACCCAUGUGGCCAGGGGUCUGGAUCCUGAAGGAGUUCUCCAAAUUGACAUUGUCAUAAACGGAUAUGUCCCAUCAUCAUUAUCCACUUCGCAUCUCACUCUCCAGGAUUAUGAGGAAUCCUAUUUGCAAACGGGCCAAGGCCAGCUGUAUUCGUGGUCCUCACAGAACCACCAGAGAGGAGGGGGCACCAUGGUGCUCCGCUGCAACCACACCAUCAUUUACGAGGGCCAGGAGAAGCGUCAGGGACCACUGCUCCAGCUGCUGAAAGUGUCCGGCACCAACAGUGCCUACAACAUGUUCACUCUGACUCUGGACUUCCACAUCACUGCCAGCCUCCUCAUACCAGACGGUUAUGAAGAAACAUGCCCAAAAGGUUUCGUCCUGGACGAGGCUUCGUACUGUGCCGAUGAAGACGAAUGUGCGCUUCAGUCUCCCUGCUCUCACUCGUGCAACAACAUCAUGGGAGGAUUUUCCUGCGCCUGCCCCUCUGGAUUCACCGUCUCCCCGGAGAGCAACACGUGCCAAGAUAUUGACGAGUGUGCGCAAGGCUCGCACAUGUGCCACUACAACCAACAGUGCGUCAACACAGUGGGCACUUACAGAUGCCAGGCCAAGUGUGGCCCGGGGUUCAAACCCAGCAUCACAGGAACCAGCUGUGAAGAUGUGGACGAGUGCCAGGAGUCUGCUCUCUCACCGUGCCAGCAUCAGUGUCUCAAUACUCUCGGCUCGUAUCGCUGCGUGUGCCACCCUGGCUACCAGCUGUCCGGACACCUCUGCAUCGACAUCAACGAGUGCUUGAGAAGCGUGUGCCCGGCUCACCAGCAGUGUCGGAACACAGACGGAGGCUACCAGUGUUUCGACAGCUGCCCGGCCGGCAUGACCAAGUCGGAGAGUGGAGCCUGUGUGGAUAUUGACGAGUGUCAGGACGGAAGCCACAUGUGUCGCUACACUCAAGUCUGCCAGAACACAAUCGGAGGCUACGGGUGCGUGUGUCCUCGAGGCUACCGCUCUCAGGGAGUCGGCCUCCCAUGUCUGGACGUUGACGAAUGCCAGCAGCUGCCGAGCCCAUGUGCCUUCCAGUGCCGUAACGUGCCAGGCAGCUUCAGGUGCCUUUGUCCGCCUGGCACCGUGCUGCUCGGGGACGGUCGCUCCUGCGCCGGGUUAGAGAGGGGGCCGACCUUCACCAACGGGACCAGAGUCAGAGCGAGGCUUCGCCCGCAGCUGGUGUCCUCGCUGGGCCGACCCAUCCUGUCUCGCUCUCACGGCGUGUCCCGCAUCACCAGGCAGAGCUGCCCGGCAGGUUACACCAACAGGGACGGGACGUGUGUGGACGUGGAUGAGUGUCUGCACAGGAAGCCGUGCCAACACGAGUGCCGCAACACCAUCGGCAGCUUCCAGUGUUCGUGUCCUGCAGGCUACCAGCUGUUGCCAAACGGCAGGAGCUGCAAAGACAUUGAUGAGUGUGUAGAGCAGAGCAUCCAGUGUGGACACAGUCAGAUGUGCUUCAACACCAGAGGAGGCUACCAGUGCAUGGACACCCCCUGUCCCCCCUCCUACCUGACUGGCCGGAGUCCGGGCACCUGCUACCGACCCUGCUCCCGGGACUGUUCCAGCGGAGGUUCCACUCAGCUCCUGCAGUACAAGCUGCUCACGCUCCCCUCCGCCAUCCCAGCCAACCACAACGUUGUGCGUCUCUCUGCCUUCUCCGAGUCUGGGGUCCUUCAACACAGAACCUCCUUCAGCAUCCUGGAGCAAGAGUCGGAGACGGGCACACUGGGCAGGAUGUUUGGGAUCAGAGACGAGGCCGGGAGGGGGAUCAUCUUCACUCUGAGGGCUCUGGAUCGACCCGGACUGGUGCGCCUCAAGGUGCAGGCCACAACCAUCUCACCUCAGGGACGGGUGUCCCACCGGAGCAUCUUCAUCAUCUACAUCUCCAUCUCUGCAUACCCGUACUGAUCGAUCUGAUCCCCCGAACCAUGCUCCAGAAGACAGAUGGUGAAGUCAUAAAAUGCCAAAGACGAUUUAAUCCUUUAACACACCACUGUCUGUCGACAUUCUGUCCCACACGGGAAUAUUAAAUUUGUCCUUCUAAAACAUCAUGAAUAUGUCACACAAGCACUGAAGCUGGCACCAAAAAUGUUUCUCCAUUUUGUUUUUCUAAUUUGAAGAAUUUCUUUUUUCAGCAGUAGUGAUUUUUUUAUUUAUUUAAAAGAUGAGAAUGAUGUCACCUGACAAGCCUGAAGCUUUUCCAUCAUUCUACGAUCUCUGUUUUUCUAUUAUA